GAGCCAACUGUGCAGCACCCCGAAAAUGAGAAGGAGCCCGAGGAAACCGUGCACCCCGAGAAGGAGAAGGAGCCCGCUGCAAGGAGCGAGCCGACUGUGCACCCCGAGAAGGAGAAGGAGCCCGCUGCAAGGAGCGAGCCAACCGUGAACCCCGAAACUGGAGAGAUCAAGCCGACUGUGGACGCCGAAAAGCAGGAGAAGGAGCCGGCUGGACAGAUCAAGCCGACUGUGGACCCCGAAAAGCAGGAGAAGGAGCCGGCUGGAGAGAUCAAGCCGACUGUGGACCCCGAAAAGCAGGAGAAGGAGCCGGCUGGAGAGAUCAAGCCGACUGUGGACGCCGAAAAGCAGGAGAAGGAGCCCGCUAGAGAGAGCCAGCCGACUGUGGACCCCGAAAAGGAGAAGGAGCCCGCUGGAGAGAGCAACCUGACU